AUGGCUGGUGCCCAAAAGAAUAUCGGUUUAGCUGGUUUAACUAUCUAUAUCGUCAAAAAAAGUUUGUUGGAACAAGCCAGCGAUGAUGAAUUAAGACAAUUGAACAUUCCAUUGUCCCCAAUUGCUUUCCAUUACCCAACUGUUGUUAAAAAUAACUCUGCUUAUAACACCAUUCCAAUUUUCACUUGUUAUAUCUUGAAACUUGUUACUGAUAAGUUGAUUAAAGAAGGUGGUAUUGAACACAUGGAAAAUGUUAAUAAAGAAAAGGCAAAGAUUUUGUACGAAGCCUUGGAAUCAUACCCAGACUUUUACAGUUUGCCUGUUACUAAUGCCAAAGUCAGAUCUAAUAUGAAUGUUGUAUUUAGAUUACCAAACGAGGAAUUGGAAAACAAAUUCAUCAAGGAAGCUGCUGAUAGAAAAUUAGCUGGUUUGAAAGGUCAUAGAUCAGUUGGUGGUAUGAGAGCAUCCAUUUACAAUGCUGUUACUUUAGAAAGUGUUCAAGCAUUGGUCAACCUCGUCAAUGACUUUGCCAAAGCAAAUGCUUAA